UUUAUCAAGAAAUGGGGAUUGAAAUAAGGGUAAUCUCGAUGGAACCCCAAAAUCUCUAGAAUAAUAUCACCUCUCAUUUGUUGAUAAAUUAGCUCCCCCUGUUUUCCCAUAGCUCGUCAGCUUUUACUUAUCAAACCCCAAAAUUCCAAACUCCCUAAAAUCAAACCAGCUCAAAAAAUCCUUGUCGGAAACACUCUCCACAUGCUACCCCCUCGCCGGCCGCCUCGUCGGCAACUCCUACGUCGACUGCAACGACGCUGGCAUCCCCUUCGCCGAGGCCAACCUCUCUCAAAUCGUCACCAAUCCGGACCCCAAAAACAUCUCCAAAUUCGCCAUCCCUCAAAAAGCCCUAGGUUUAUGCAUGGCGGUACAAGUCACCUAUUUCCGGUGCGGCGGCGUUGCCGUUGGAAUCAUGUUGCAGCACAAAAUCGGCGACGCGCUAUCAAUCUUCAUGUUCGCCAACGCCUGGUCCGCUGCCGCCAGAGGCGGUGGCGCGCCGCCGCUGGUGUUCGACGCGGCCUCCUAUUUCCCACCACGUGAAAUCCCCGGCUACAACCCUACCUCGGGAAUAUUGAAAGAAGAAAUCGAGACUAGAAUCUUCAAAUUUCCGGCUUUGAAAAUCGCCGUUCUCCAGGAAAGGUACACGGCUGCCUGCGGCGGCCACCGACCGAGCCGGGUGGAGGCGCUUUCGGCCUUUAUAUGGACCCAGUUCAUUUCAGCCACGGGCAUGAAACACGACCCGAAUAAAAUAUACAUAGUACUCCAGACCAUGAACCUACGGACCCGGGCCGACCCGCCUCUUUCUGAGCAUCAUUUCAGGGACAUGCGCGGGUUUGCGACAGCGAGGCUAGAAGCUGGAGACGGCGGCAUGGAGCUCCUGCGGAAGAUGCGGGAAGCCGUGGAAGCCGUGGACAGCGGCUACGUGGCUCGGCUGAAGGAUGGUGAGAAGCAUUUGGAGUUCAGGAGCGAGAUGUUUGCUCAACACACAAAGGGGGAGCUGGUGAGCUUCAACUUCACCAGCCUAUGCGGGUUUCCGUCAUACGAAGCUGAUUUUGGAAACCCGUUUGGGUCGGGUUUGGCGGGUUCCCUUUCAAGAAUUUGGUCAUUUUUAUGGAUACCAAGAGUCAGGGUGGAAUAGAGGCGUUGGUUAAUUUGAAGAAACCAGAUAUGGAGAAAUUCGAAGCUUAUUUGAAGGAGUUGCAGAGUAAUCUGUGAAUGAACGUGAUCACUAUCGUCGUAUAGUUGUACCAUUCAUCACUUUUCAAUGCCAAAUUAUU